GUCUAGAGCCAUUCCUUCUUGCGGAAGGGAAUUUCUGCUAUCACGUGUGAUCGUGAUUCGACUCUCAACAAACAGCAAGUGCAAAUCCAUCAAUUGUGUGUUUGAAUUGGAGUUUUUUCAGAAGGAAUAGAGAAGAUGGGGGUGGAUGAUGUUCCGCUUGAUGACAAGGCCAAGAGAAUGAGGGAUCUGCUCUCAAGCUUCUACUCAACAGAUCCUCCUCCAUCGCUGCCUGCCAAUGCUUCUUCUAAAUACGCCACGCUCGAUACCAUUAACACCAUCACUUUCGACGCAGAUCAGUACAUGAAUCUUCUUGUACAAAAGUCAAACUUGGAGGGAUUGCUCCAGAGACAUGUUGAAAUGGCCGCUGAGAUUAAAAAUCUAGACACUGACUUGCAAAUGUUGGUGUAUGAGAAUUAUAACAAGUUUAUUAGUGCCACAGAGACAAUUAAAAGGAUGAACUCUAAUAUAGUGGGAAUGGAAUCAAACAUGGAACAACUUCUAGACAAGAUACUGACAGUGCAAUCAAAAAGUGACGGGGUGAAUACUUCUCUUUUUGAAAAGAGGGAGCAUAUAGAGAAAUUGCACCGCACACGUAAUCUUCUCCGUAAAGUUCAGUUCAUAUAUGAUCUACCUUCCAGGCUGGGGAAGUGUAUUAAGUCAGAAGCUUAUGCUGAUGCAGUCAGAUUUUAUACUGGAGCAAUGCCAAUUUUCAAGGCAUACGGAGACUCAUCAUUCCAGGAUUGUAAAAGAGCAUCUGAAGAAGCGGUGGCUGUUAUAAUAAGAAACUUGCAGGGAAAAGUAUACUCAGAUUCGGAAUCCAUACAGUCAAGAGCAGAGGCUGCAGUGUUGCUGAAACAAUUAAAUUUCCCGAUUGACAGUUUAAAGGCAAAACUACUGGAAAAGUUAGAACAAUCUCUCACAGACCUUCAGCUUGAUUGUGGAGAAAGUAUUAAUGUCUUGAUUGUUGAUAAGCAAAUUCUUCAAGAAGAAAUUCCUGCUGACUCAGCUGCAUCUACCACUCAUGAGGAUUCCACUCAUGAAUUUGCUGAAGCUAUCCGUGCUUUUCGUGCAAUUUUCCCUGAUUCAGAGAAACAAUUGACUAAACUUGCAAAAGACCUAGUUAUCAAGCAUUUUGAAGCUACUGAACAAAGGAUCCGGAGGCAGAUUUUUCCUGAAGAACUGUUAAAGAUGUUACGAAUAAUUUGGACGGAUGUGCUUCUUAUGGAUGAAGUUCUACCUGAGGCUGCUCUUCCUGAUUUUUCUUUUGAGGCUGCCCGUGCAUCUGUGGAACUCUACAUUGACAGCACAUUUUUGCAGUUGGUUCAAGAUAUAUCAGAUGCUGUUACAAAAAUUCCAUCUAAAUCAAAGGAGGCAACUGAAGAAGCCUUUCAAUUGCAGUCUGCCCUUGAUGCCGGCAAAAGAGCUGUAACAGAUGGCAGCAUGAAUGUCCUAAAGGAAUUUAGGUUGCUUCUUGAUGCUGACUUUGGACUACUGCUGAAGUUGAGAGACUUCAUUAUUGACUGGGUUCAAGAAGGAUUCCAAAACUUCUUUAAAAAGCUUGAUGACAGGUUCCUCACACUUUCUGGACAGAAUAGUUUGACCAGUAAUGAUCAAGAUUUGACGGAAGGAACACAGAAGGAGAAGGUUCUUUCGGGGCUAGUUCUAUUGUUAUCUCAACUCUGUGUCUUUAUUGAACAAAGUGCCAUCCCAAGGAUUACAGAGGAAAUUGCUACCUCUUUUUCUGGAGGUGGCCUUCGUGGCUAUGAAUACGGGCCUGCUUUUGUUCCUGCAGAAAUUUGUCGUAUCUUCAGAUCAGAUGCUGAAAAGUUUCUCAGUCUUUAUAUCCGUAUGAGAAGUCAGAAAGUUUCAGUUCUUUUGAGGAAAAGAUUUACAGCGCCAAAUUGGGUCAAGCACAAGGAACCCAGGGAAGUUCACAUGUUUGUGGAAUUAUUUCUCCAAGAAUUGGAUGUGGUAGGAACAGAAGUAAAGCAGAUUUUGCCUCAAGGCCUCAAGCGUAAACAUCGCCGCACUGAUAGCAAUGGAAGCACUGCCUCAUCUCGCAGUAAUCCUUUACGAGAUGAUAAAAUUACUCGCUCGAACACACAGAAGGCCAGGAGCCAGCUUUUAGAAACUCACCUGGCCAAAUUGUUCAAGCAAAAGAUGGAAAUUUUUACCAAAGUUGAACAUACACAGGACUCUGUGCUAACAACCAUCUUAAAACUUUGCCUCAAGAGUUUGCAAGAGUUUGUCCGUCUCUACACUUUUAAUAGAAGUGGAUUUCAGCAAAUCCAGUUGGACAUUCAAUUUAUGAGAACUCCUGUAAAGGAUAUUGCUGAAGAUGAAGCUGCAGUUGAUUUCCUUCUUGACGAGGUUAUUGUAGCGGCUGCUGAACGAUGCCUGGAUCCCAUACCUUUAGAGCCACCGAUCUUGGAUAAACUUAUACAAGAAAAAUUGUCAAAGACGAAAGAACAGAACUUUUCUUCUUUGGCUUAAGCAACUACAAUCAAACAAAAUGCAUUUUACCUUGUUCUUGUAUGUCAUUCAGACUCGUGAAGGAUUUGUGUACUCCUGUUUGAUGACAAUUUCAUCCCACUUUACUAUCUACUUGAAUUUGUGUUUACGGCUGCUUUUGGUGUUUGAUAAAUUUUCUCUUCUUAUGGUUUUGA